CAUUAAAGCACGUGGACGUUUUGAAUAUUGUGUAUUUGUUUUCGUGUUGCCUCAGAGUAUGGGGAAAUCCAAGAAAGAAAACAAAGAUAGUAACGCUACUGAGUCAGUUACACUGAAGAAGGAGGUUUCAGUGUUACAGGGUGUGAGUAUUGUCGUCGGAGUCAUCAUUGGUUCUGGUAUAUUUGUUUCACCUGUUGGAGUUUUGAAACAUACUAAAUCUGUCGGAUUGUCAUUUAUUAUGUGGACCAUCACUGGACUAUUCAGUACAUUAGGCGCCAUCGUGUACGCUGAACUAGGUGUUACUAUUCCUCGAUCUGGUGGAGAAUAUGUUUACAUACUCCAGACGUUCGGACCUUUACUUGCCUUCCUAGCUUUUUGGAUUACAUUCGUCGUAAUUGGAUCUGCAAGUUGUGCGGCAAAUGCACUUAUUUUCGCUCAAUAUAUCCUUCGACCUGUUUAUACGGACUGUGUUACUCCUCCUAUCGCGAUACGCACCGUUGCAGUGCUAGGACUGCUUCUUCUUUGCUUUGUGCACUGUUUUAGUGUUAAACUGGCAACGAAAGUCGCUGUUGUCUUCACUGCUUGUAAGGUUAUAGCCUUACUUAUCAUAAUUGGUUUCGGCCUCUACUAUCUGGGAAUAGGUAAUGUUGAGAGUUUCAGGAAUCCUUUUGAAGAUAGCGAAAGAUCGCCCGGUGAACUUGCAUUGGGGUUUUACCAAGGGUUUUGGGCUUUUUCUGGUUGGAAUUAUCUCAACUUUUUGACUGGAGAGGUAAAAAAUCCAGGAAGGACACUACCGAUCGUAAUUAUACUUUCACUCACAACAGUAACGCUCAUCUACAUUUUGACCAACGUGGCCUAUCUUGCAGUCUUAUCACCAUUAGAAGUUCUUGCUUCAGAAGGUUCUACUGCAAUAGCUGUGAGCUUUGCAUCAAGAACUAUGGGGGUUGUGGGUUUGGUAAUGCCAGCUCUUGUGGGUGCUUCAGUCUUUGGCAGCAUAAAUGGUGAGGUAUUCUCUAUUUCCCGACUAGCAUUUACUGCUGGUGAAGAAGGGCAUAUGCCUGCGCUUCUUUCAAUGGUUAAUAUUGACCGUUUAACUCCAAUUCCAUCUAUAUUAAUUGUAGUAACUCUAUCUGUAAUUUUUCAACUGUUCGAUGACAUACUUUAUUUGAUCGAGUUAACGGGUUUUGCUUUCUCUGUAAUGUCUGCGAUGGCUGUUUGCAGCUUACUCUACAUUCGUCGUACAAAUCCUCAAAUGAAUACAUCGGGAUUUAAAUUACCUAUUUUUAUUCCUGUGUUGUACUUAAUUGUGGACAUUGCUAUUGGAAUUCUUGCAAUCUAUCAAAAGCCUACAGAUUGUGCAAUUAGUCUUGGAGUAAUGUUGCUAGGUGUUCCAGUUUACAUUUUUGGGGUGGUAUGGAAGAACAAACCAAGAUCAAUAAGAUCUUUAAUAUAUGGUGUGACAAUCACUUUACAAAAAGUAUUAAAAGUUGUUGAACAAGAAAAAGUCUCUGAUAUAUUAGAAUUAGAUGGUCAUUUAAAAUCUGUUGAUAAUCAACUGGAAAUAUCACAAUAAUAUAAUGAUGAUAAUAAUAAACAAUAAAAAAAGCUCCGCUUUAUUCUUAUUCCCAUUCAAAAGAAAACAAAGUACAUUUUUAUUAUGAUUCUAUCAUGAACAUUUUUAAAAAAAAAAUAUUAAAAUCUAUUCAAUGAAAUUUUAUUUAUUCAAUUAUUCUCGUUUCUUUUUUUUUUAAAAAAAAAACAAUAUUGCGCCUAAAAUUACACUUGAAUGAAUUCAAUCCAAAUAAUGUUUCUAUCAUUUGUAAGUUUAAUUCAACAUUUUGCUUAUUCUAUUUUUUUUUAUGCCUUAGUUGUUUGUUUGUUUGUUUGUUUUAAUUUUUCAUAGGAUUCAGUAUAAAAAUUGUGCUUAUUCAUUUCAUGUUGUAUUGUGAAGAAAUUUCUUUGUUUAUUGUUUUUUUUUGUAGAGACAUAUAUAUAUAUUCGCUUAUAUUCAAUUAGCUAACAUAUUCUUUGCCAAAUUUUUCUUUCAUUAUUUUAUCCUUAUGACUUCUUAUUUUUUAUUCCUAGAUGCGUUCGUUUUUCUUAUUCUUUAAGUGAUUCUCCUUACAUAAUCAGUAGAAUAAUCAUCUUUUUAUUAAAGAAAAACAUUUUGUAUAGCUUGAAUAGCUUUGAUAUAGAUCCUUUUUAAUUGAUUGUAAAUUCGUGUAUAUAUACAUAGUACACAAAAUUCUUGAUAAUGUUGAAUUAAUAAAAAUAUAUAUUUGGCUGUUUGUAAAGAUUGAUUCAAGUUUAUAAUUAACUGAUCAUGGAUAAGUAAAUAAUGUCUUGUUUGUCUGCCCCCCGAAUGCUCUGGUAUGGAUGAGGGUGGGGAGAGUUAUCUCACACUCUCGAAAUGCUCUAACAUAGCCAAGCGUAUACAACCACUGCUAGAGACGUCUUACUCACUGCCUUCUCGCGACGGGGGUGUUUACGAAAUUGAGAGGAUACAGAGCGAAUGUCUGACGCUUUAACAGGGUUGGUGGACACAGAGGAACCACCUAGCGGAGUUGGAAAACCAUGAUUCUAAACCAAUGUUUCACAUGGACUCCAAUAUCCUGAGGGAGAAAAUGGCGUAUAAACCCAUCGUUGGUCACCGACUACCAUAAGACUAGCUACCAUCCGAUCGCAUCUCUUGACGUUGCUCUACUGCCUUGUGGAUCAGACGUUUAAGUUGAAGGCUCCGGAUGUGGCCCCUCAAAGAAACCACCUUUUUCGGUCUGAGCUCUCGGGUAGUAUCACAGCCCACACACAAACUAAGGAACUUGUGUGGCGCAUAUAGCUUCUGUGCCCUUGGUACUAAUAUUUGCGUCCAAACAAAUAAAUUUGUGUUCUCUACUUACUCAAUA